GGCGCGCCUGGCGGCGACGCGGGCGCACUGAAAGGAGGCCGGGGCGCCCUCGGCUCGGCGGCGAACCCUGCCCCGACGUGUCGGCCUUGGCGGCGUUACCCGCAUCUGUUCACGCCCGCGGACCCGCGCGGGAGACACUCGGACACGCAGAGCCAGCGCGUCGCGGAGCGUCCAGUCCGCCCCGGCUGCGCCUCGGAAGAGCGAGGUCCUAGCCACUGCGCCGGCUGCAGGCGUCGGCUGUGUCGGGAGCGCGCCCGGUCCGGGGCCGGAGAGGCGCGCACCAUGAGCGGCGGCGAAGUGGUCUGCUCGGGAUGGCUCCGCAAGUCCCCCCCGGAGAAGAAGUUGAAGCGUUAUGCCUGGAAGAGGAGAUGGUUUGUGUUACGCAGUGGUCGCUUAACUGGAGAUCCAGAUGUCUUGGAAUAUUACAAAAACGAUCAUGCCAAGAAGCCUAUCCGUAUUAUUGAUUUAAAUUUAUGUCAGCAAGUUGAUGCUGGAUUGACAUUUAACAAAAAAGAGUUUGAAAACAGCUACAUUUUUGAUAUCAACACCAUUGACCGAAUUUUCUACUUGGUAGCAGACAGUGAAGAAGAGAUGAAUAAGUGGGUUCGUUGCAUUUGUGACAUCUGUGGGUUUAAUCCUACAGAGGAGGAUCUUGUGAAGCCCCCGGGCAGCUCCGCACAGGCGCCAGCUGAUUUACCUUUAGUGGCCAACACAGCACCACCAGCCACCCAGGGGGAUUCGUCCUCCGCUGCUGCACCUCCUCCCUAUCAGCUAAUUAACCUUCCACCACACCUAGAAACUGUUGGCAUCCAGGAGGAUCCUCAAGACUACCUCUUGCUAAUCAACUGUCAAAGCAAGAAGCCUGAACCCACUAGAACACAUGCUGAUUCUGCAAAAUCCACCUCUUCUGAAACAGACUGCAAUGAUAACGUCCCUUCUCAUAAAAAUCCUGCUUCCUCCCAGAGCAAACAUGGAGUGAAUGGCUUUUUCCAGCAGCAAAUGAUGUAUGACUCUCCACCGUCUCGUGCUGCGUCUGUUUCUGUAGACUCCAGUCUCUAUAACCUGCCCAGAAGUUACUCCCACGAUGUUUUACCAAAGGUGUCUCCAUCGAGUACCGAGGCAGAUGGAGAACUCUAUGUUUUUAAUACCCCAUCUGGGACAUCAAGUGUAGAGACUCAAAUGAGGCAUGUAUCUAUUAGUUAUGACAUUCCUCCAACACCUGGUAAUACUUAUCAGAUUCCACGAACAUUUCCAGAAGGAACUUUGGGACAGACGUCAAAGCUAGACACUAUUCCAGAUAUUCCUCCACCUCGGCCACCGAAACCACAUCCGGCUCAUGACCGAUCGCCUGUGGAAACGUGUAGUAUCACACGCACGGCCUCAGAUACUGACAGUAGUUACUGUGUCCCUACAGCAGGGAUGCCACCAUCACGUAGUAAUACCAUUUCCACUGUGGAUUUGAACAAAUUGCGAAAAGAUGCUAGUUCUCAAGACUGCUAUGAUAUUCCACGAACAUUUCCAAGUGACAGAUCUAGUUCACUUGAAGGCUUCCAUAACCACUUUAAAAUCAAAAAUAUAUUGACAGUGGGAAGUGUAUCAAGUGAAGAACUGGAUGAAAAUUAUGUCCCAAUGAAUCCCAAUUCUCCUCCACGACAACAUUCCAGCAGUUUUACGGAACCAAUUCAGGAAGCAAAUUAUGUGCCAAUGACUCCAGGAACAUUUGAUUUUUCUUCAUUUGGAAUGCAAGUUCCUCCUCCUGCUCACAUGGGCUUCCGGUCCAGCCCAAAGACCCCUCCCCGAAGGCCAGUUCCUGUUGCAGACUGUGAACCACCCCCUGUGGAUAGGAACCUCAAGCCGGACAGAAAAGGUCAGAGUCCUAAAAUUUUAAGACCCAAACCCCCUGGUUUAGAGCGAACUGAUUCACAAACCAUAGGUGACUUUGCUACAAGAAGAAAGGCCAAGCCAGCUCCUUUAGAAAUAAAACCUUUGCCAGAAUGGGAAGAGCUGCAGGCCCCAGUUAGAUCUCCCAUCACUAGGAGUUUUGCUCGAGACUCCUCUAGAUUUCCCUUGUCUCCCCGACCGGAUUCAGUGCAUAGCACAACUUCAAGCAGUGACUCACACGACAGUGAAGAGAAUUAUGUUCCCAUGAACCCAAACCUGUCCAGUGAAGACUCAGUAUGUAAAAUUUGCAUCUUGACUUCUGUCUUCCUGAGCAGCCCUUCCAAGUCGUGCACUGGGAUCUUUCUUCCAGUCUCUAAAUCUUGCCCUUACAUCCUUCUUUGUAUACUUAAGGAAAAACAACAAGGUGCUGCUGCGCCAACACUUCACAUUCCAAGCCGCAACACAGAGGACGAGGAGAAGCAGCAAAGGGUGCAGGCCAACUGCCUGAUAAAGAAGGUUCCCAGAAGCUGCCUUCAUGCAUCAAUGGCAUACCAUAGAAAUUCACAAGAUGUAAUUGUGCUUGGACCAAUGAAAUCAGUAAAACAAUUUGUCUGGGAGCAGUUGAGACAAGAUAGAUCAAAUCUGGCUUAUACCUACCAUGAAGAUUCAAUUCUCUACAUUGACGUUUUGAAGCAUGGCAUAUUUCUCAUACUAGUGAUCACGGAGGAGGCGGUGUUUAAUGAAACACAAAAGAGCAGUGGCUCUGGCAGCAGUGUAGCCGAUGAGAGAGUAGAUUAUGUUGUGGUUGACCAACAGAAGACCCUGGCUCUGAAGAGCACUCGCGAAGCCUGGACAGAUGGGAGGCAGUCCACAGAAUCCGAAACACCAGCCAAGAAUGUGAAAUGAAAAUACUGCUUUGCUGUUUCUGAACAAAAGAGAACUGAAUUGUAAAGAUAAAUCCUGUUUGACUGAAGAUGACUUGACACUUCUACUCUAGGUAGAUCCUCAACCGAGGAGAAUUGAAGUCAAAGGACCUUUCACGCAUAAUCAAGCAACUUAGACUGUAAAUGGUGCUUUGUGGUAUCUGAACAAUUCAUAACAUGUAAAUAAUGUGGGAAAAUACUAUUGUUUAGCUCUCAGAGAAACAUUUGUUCCAUAGUUAACACACUUGUAGUAUUACAAUAUUUAUGCACUUUUUCUUUUAAAACGUUGGUUUGGGUAUUCCCAAAUGUUCCUUAACAUAAUUCCUUUGGGAGUUCUUGUUUUUCCUCACACUACUCUCUGUAACAAUACUAAGUUAACUGAGCUCCUUGUAGAUUUGGAAAUUGCUCUUUAACCUGCACUCUAACAACAUUAAAACGAGAAGAGAUUGACAGUUUACCUGUCUACCUGAAUCUUCAGGUGAUGGCCAUUAGCUUAAACUACACAGUGUCGAUGGGCUCAUCAUUCACUGCGUACCAAAAUGCUGAGGAUAGUGUCUGUAUUGGUGUCAGGAACUAAUUCUCUGGCUCCUGUACAUUUAGUUUUCAGUGGUAGAACUUUAUUAUAUUUUGCUAACAGUGUUUUUGGUUCAUUGAGUGAAGAUUCUGCCCGGUGAAAUCUUGCGCCUUGGAAAGACUGAAUCGUUACACUCUCAAGUAAGCCUACAGGUCAUGUACCGACGUGCAGUGAUGAUGUGCUCUCACACUUGUUAACAUGUGUUAAACUUUACAUUAUUUGCAAACAUAGAUUAUAUAACUAAUCAGGUACGUACCAGGCACUGAUGUGCUAAUACACUGAUCAGGUUUAGACAAUGAGCUUUAGUUGUGUUCUUGUUAGUCCUAAUGUUGGUUUCCAAUUUGGACUUAAGGAAACAUUCACUGUUAGUUAUAGCAACAUACUGUGAUUUUUUUUUAAUUAGACAGUAAUUCAGAUUUAUUACUCUAAGAAUGAAAUUCUAUCUUUUGACACCAUAGUGCCCUUUCUAUGAUUUUUUAACUUUACUUAAUAUUCUUCUUGGCCUUAUAUUUAAAUCCCUAUGCAAUUAAUAUUUUAUAUCUACAUUUAAAAAAAAAUAGAUGUUCUCUAAGUGAUUCUCAUAUGUAGCACCUGUUGCUUUUCCAGUAAAGGAAUUAAGGAUUUUGUACUGUGAUUUAUAUUCACUACCCUAAUUCAAGAAAUAUUGGAGUGUUACUAUAAUGUGAAAUCUUAUAGUCAUGAACCUCUUCCAACCAGAUUUCUGAAAUCACCAGAGGAAUUCUAUAAUUCUGCCUUACCUAUAAUAUGGUCCUGUGAUAUGGAUAUCAAAACCACAAAUUCUAUAUAGUGAGGCUACAGUUAUAUUUAUCUGUUUUAGCUUUGCAGUGUCAUUUAGAAAGCAGGUAUAGUUUGUUGGUUUGCUUGUUUUUUUUAACUAAGUUACAAACAAUCUCUUAUGUAUUCAUUUGAGACUUACUAACAGUUUUUGGAGGGGCAGAGAUAGGUGUACCCACAACUGAGGCAUGACUCCCUCCACUCAGACCUCUAACUGUUGCCUGAAUACACAGAUGUGCCCUGAUUUCUGGUCUUUUGGCCAUAGAACCGUGCCUCAUCAGUGUAACGGGUUUAUUUCCCCAAUCCACAUACUAAAAGUGUUCAUAACAA